UUGUUCGCGGCGGUCGGCGUAAAAGCUGUCGAGAAUACAGGAGACACGUCGGCAUAAAGAGGAGGAAGACACUGCGCGUGCGCGCUGCGGGACAACAUUUCGAACGCGUUUAUCCCCAUUCAAUGUCCAACAUUCCUGACCAUAUUCCUGUGGACUUAUUUCUGGCGUGUCGUGCAGGAGAAGAUGUCCCCCUGCGUCCUGUUCGCGAUGCUCUGCAACCUCCCUCUCGCUCUGGGUUGGGUCGUACUGGGUGAAAGAGAAGAAGUCCAGAUGGUUUGCGCUGGUAAGGAAUUCAGUUUGCCCGUCUACUCUACGUCAAGGACCGUGACUUUUACUCCUAAUGCUGCAGGACCGAGGCGCGUCCUCCUCGAGAAGACAGUUGUGAACGACCCUCGUUUUGAGUGGACAAAGGAUAAAAUGCUGCUUCUGAAAAAUGUCACUCAUGCGGACCAGGGUCUUUAUUCUAUCAAACUGUCUUCUGGAUUCACCUAUGAGACUGUUCGUCUGACGGUUUCAGAGUGCAUCAAGUCCUACUACAGAAACUAUGGGGAAAACUUUGAGCGCAAUAUCCCCGAAAAUGGCUUCGUGCUAGAGUUUGCUCCCCGAGGUGCUCCAGCCGAGGCAAUGCCAAUAGUCCUGUGGAACCGAACCGAUCCUGAUACUGGCGUUGUGGGUCGUGGCCGGCUGCUGCGAGACGGGAGGAUCUGGGUGGCAGACAGAGUCACGCAAGCCGACCAAGGCAACUACACAGUGAGAGACGCUGAGGGCAAAGUGUUGUCUCGCAGCACACUCACAGUCCGUGGACACACUUUCAAUGUGACCCGCUUCACCAAAGAGUCCCUGAACCUCCCCCUCUUCCUCCCUGUCCCACGUGCUUACCUUAUCUUCACCCCCACCCGACACCCCGACGAACCCUCCUUGGGCCCUUUCGACUCCAAGCCCCCGCGCAGUCCCGUGCAGUUAAUGCGCGAGGGCCACAUCACGGACCACGACAUGCGGUACAGGGGCCUGGUCUCCGUGGGCAGGAAUGGGUCCACGAACGAAGUGGUCAUAGCAAGGUUGACCUCGAGGCACGACGGAGUCUAUGAGAUCAGAGACAUUAAUGGAAAUCUGGUGUCGUCCACCUUGUUGCAGGUGAUUGAAAGGGGGGGCAGGUGGCGAGCACUUCUCAAGUCCAUCACUGUCCCUUCCGGGAUGUUUGUGUCGCUGGCCGGUUUCAUCCUGUUCAUGAAGCGCUACCCCAACUGCAGCCUGUCGCAGAUCAUCGCCUGCCUCAGAACGAACCGCACACCCCAAGCCCAGCAGCCCCCGAGGGUCAACAUCCAGAACUACAGCCAGCCAAGCCCUCAGCCUGCAGGCUACUACAAUCACGGCCAGCAGCAGGGGACGCCGAGAAAAUGGACUCCAAGAGCCAGUCCGGUUCAUACAGGUUACACUCCCGUUAUGGUUGCAACUCCAUCUCGGCUCACUCCUGUUCAUGCGAGGGCUGAAAAUUUUGAAGGACAAAGUUCACCUUCGCUGAGCUCCCUCUGCCGCAAUGCAACUGCUGAGCAGGAAAUGCUUAAUGAGGAAGAGAGGAGGAUUUCCUUUCCGGUGGCUGGAGCAUCCGAUUGCCUGCAGUCUUCUGAGGGUUGCGUUCAAUUCCAGAUCAAUAAGGAACCAGUUCGAGACAGGCAGAGCAACACGAAUGGGUUUUAUUCUGCACUACCGCUGGACACUGAUACGUCGGAUGCCUGCAGCGUUUACACUUCUGAGAAGCUGAACUUCUUAUAGUGGAUGGAGUGGUGGCAGAGAAAGCAUGUGGACAAAGUUGGAGAGAAGAAACAACUCACGUGUGCCUUUAUUGUGCCUGAAGCCUAAAUUGUACUUCCAGUGAUUUUGACAUCCCAUCCAUGCAUGUCAUGAUUGUCAGUGUAAUGGUAUUUUUGAAGCAUGAGCUGAAUAUUAUCCUUUCUGCUUCAUACAUUUAUUCACUCUGACUGUGCUGGACAUUGUGAAGUCUCUGCUGUCCUCAGAUGCUACCUACCUCCAGACCCUCAGGACCACCGUGAUAUGCACUGUAUAUAUUUGCUGAAACUGUUUGCGUGUGCGCCCAGUGAACUUUCUGCAUAUGUAGGAUUUUCAGUAGAAAUGUGUCUAUUUGAUACUGUAUAAGCGAUUGCAAAAGGGAAUAUUAACUUAUUGUACUAAUACCGUAAAGGAAUUUAUUCUUGUCCUCAUGUUUAUCUCUUAAAUUAUCAUAUCUGUGGUGUUAAAUCGUUUUACCAUAACUCCCGAAGCACCGUACAACUUUAACAUGAUGUAAAAAGUUCCAGCAAGUGUUGCAACGACUUGUGAACCUUGUCAAGAGCGAAAUGUCGACCAGCAAAUUCCUCCAAGUGACAAAACUCUGAACGUCAUAUUUUUUCAUUGUGAAAAAAUGUACCAUUCCUUUUGAAAUAAAUUUAUCGCUUAUCAGA